AUGGCAGUUGCCGUGGCUGCUCCUUCUCCAUUUCUUGGCCAAGCCACACUUCACUUUAAUAAACCGUCAUUUGAAAGAUGUACCCUGAGUUCCGUUCUUCAACUUAGGAUAAAAGCCUUAUUUUGGGGACCAAGGAAGGCAGUGGAGCCUGCUAAAGUGGAUCUAUCUAUUGGAGAUUUUAGUUUGAUGGAGUCAGGAUCAAAGGGUGGUACGACAAAUUUAGGCGAAGCUAAAAAACUAUCAGUUUCAGUGGUUUCUUCGAUAUCCGAGGUUUCUUCUGAUGAAUGGGAUGCUUGCAGUCUUGAUGCAACAGGUUCAGAACAAUUUAAUCCAUUUCUUAGCCAUGGUUUUCUUUCAAGCCUAGAAGAAUCAGGUUGUGCAGUGAAGGAGACGGGAUGGGUUCCACAGCAUAUAAUAGCUCGGGACGAAUGCAGAAAUGUUCUAGGAGUGGUUCCUCUCUAUCUGAAAAGCCACUCUUAUGGUGAAUUUGUGUUUGAUCAUUCAUGGGCAGACGCCUAUUACAGUUAUGGUUCAAGAUAUUACCCAAAACUGCAAUGCUGUGUACCUUUCACUCCAGUUACCGGUCAGAGGAUCUUAGUCCGUAAUACUGUGUAUAGAGAUCAGAUCUUUGACAUUUUGGUCUCUGCAUUGAUGGCAUUGACAGUCAAGUUUCAGGUUUCAUCACUGCACAUCACUUUCCCUUCUGCAAAUGAGUGGGACAAGUUGAAGGAGAAAGGUUUUCUACAGAGGAUCGGAAUGCAGUAUCACUGGAAAAAUCGAAACUAUAAAAGUUUUGAUGAGUUUUUGAUGGACAUGAAGCAAAGUAAAAGGAAAAAUAUUCGUCAAGAGCGUAAGAAGAUUUCGGCCCAGAAUUUAACCAUGAAGCGUCUAAGAGGAUAUGAAAUUAAGGCUAGGCACUGGGAUACCUUCUAUGAGUUCUACAGGAACACCACAGAUAAUAAGUGGGGUAGUGCUUAUUUAACAAGAGAGUUCUUCCACAAUAUGGCUUCAAAAAUGGGCGACAAUGUACUACUUGUUGCUGCUGAAGAAGGGGAAGAGCUUGUUGCAGCAGCCCUUAAUCUUAUUGGAGGAGAUGCGUUAUAUGGGAGAUUAUGGGGAUGUCUCCCACGUGCAUAUUAUCCAAAUUUGCAUUUUGAAGCCUGCUAUUAUCAGGCAAUAGAAGCAGCUAUUGAACUUAAUCUUGAUAAGGUAGAGGCUGGAGCUCAAGGUGAACAUAAAAUUCAGAGGGGUUAUCUGCCGGUGACAACCUACAGCUGUCACUACAUUUUAGAUGCAGAGUUUCGUAAAGUCAUUGCAGAUUUCUUGGCUCGGGAAGCAGCUCAGAUUAAACUCGUAAUGAAAUUACUGCAUGAAUCUGGACCGUUCAAGGACAAUGUUUUAAGUGUUGAAGCAUGA